AAAAAUGAAAGUAGAAUAAGGUUAAAGGUCAGGGAUCAGGUAAUAGGACCAAGACGUGCAAGAAACCGGCUGCUUUAGUCAUUGGUGGAGUGUCAUCGUAGCUACAGACAGAUUAAAAACAUGGCACAGCCGACAGGGGACAUUGCUUUGAUUGGACUGGCAGUCAUGGGCCAGAAUCUAAUUCUGAACAUGAAUGACAACGGUUAUACAGUCGUUGCUUUUAACAGAACUGUCGAAAAAGUAGAACAGUUUCUACAAAAUGAGGCCAAAGGUACAAAGGUUGUGGGGGCCAAAUCUCUGGAGGACAUGGUCAGCAAACUGAAGAAGCCAAGGAGGGUCAUGUUACUGGUCAAGGCCGGGCAGGCAGUGGAUGACUUCAUUCUCAAACUGGUACCAUUACUUGAAAAGGGAGACAUCAUUAUUGAUGGAGGAAAUUCAGAAUACCAGGACAGUAAUAGGCGCUGUAAGGCAUUGGCUGCCCAGGGCCUGCUGUUUGUGGGGAGUGGUGUAUCGGGGGGAGAAGACGGUGCUAGAUACGGCCCCUCCCUGAUGCCAGGGGGGUCAGAACAAGCUUGGCCAGCUAUCAAGGGUAUUUUCCAGUCCAUAUCAGCCAAGUCUGGCAACGAGCCAUGCUGUGAUUGGGUGGGUCCUGAUGGAGCCGGACACUUUGUAAAGAUGGUACACAAUGGCAUUGAGUAUGGUGACAUGCAGCUGAUAUGUGAAGCCUACCACCUGAUGAAGGACGCGCUAGGGAUGUCCCAGGAAGAAAUGGCCGACGUCCUGGAAGAGUGGAACAAAGGCGAGCUGGACUCGUUCCUGAUAGAAAUCUCCCGCGACAUUCUACGCUUCAAGGACAAAGAUGGGAAGUACCUGCUGGAGAAGAUCCGAGACACAGCGGGACAGAAAGGGACUGGCAAAUGGACUGCCGUUUCUGCACUUGAAUAUGGAGUCCCUGUGUCACUGAUUGCUGAGGCAGUGUUUGCUAGAUGCCUGUCCUCACUUCAAGGGGAGAGAAUCGAGGCUAGCAAACAAAUCCCUGGUCCCAGUAAAACCAAGUACGAGGGAGAUAAAAAGCAGUUUGUGAAUGACAUCAAAUAUGCCUUGUAUGCCUCUAAGAUAGUGUCCUAUGCCCAAGGCUUUAUGUUGAUGAGAGAAGCUGCCAAGGACUUGGGAUGGAAGUUGAACUUUGGAGGUAUCGCCCUGAUGUGGAGAGGAGGCUGUAUCAUUAGAAGUGUAUUCCUAGGUAACAUCAAACAAGCUUUCGACAAGAACCCAAAUCUCAGUAAUCUCUUAUUGGACGAUUUCUUCAAGAAGGAGGUCCAGAAAUGUCAGGAUUCUUGGAGGAAGGUAGUGGCCUCAGCUGUGACCUUAGGAAUCCCCACCCCAGCAUUCAGCACCGCUCUGGCUUUCUUUGAUGGAUACAGAUCUGCUAGAUUACCAGCUAAUCUCAUUCAGGCCCAAAGAGAUUACUUUGGAGCCCACACAUACGAGCUUCUGGACAAACCGGGAAACUUCAUCCACACAAACUGGACCGGACACGGAGGGAACGUGUCCUCCACCACCUACCAGGCCUGAUCUCACCGCACCGGUCUCUUGUGUAGGGAGUUGAUGGGGCAUUGAGGGUGAAGGGCAGGAGGGAGGGGCUAUAUCCCCCCACCACAAAUCGGGCUUAAUCUCAUCUCACCAACUGAAUACCAGCUGUGUCAAAUCUACAUCAUAGUGUUGUUUCAUGAGGAAGUUGUUGAAUUUUUCAAACUUGACUGGAUUUAGAAUUAUUUGUAGUAAUCAUUGUUAGUACAUACAUUGUAUGUACACAGAUGGGAUUUUUCAUAUUUUUUUCAUUUAUAGAAGUGGCAAUAUUUUAUCUCAAUCUGAACAAACCGUCUUGUAUAAGUUUAUACAAGCUAUCACUGCAUUAUUUUUUCCCUUUAAAUUAUUUUAAUUCAUUAUUGAUAAUAAAUGUACUUAAAUGUAUUUUGUAAUAAAAACAUACUCUUCAAAAUA